AUGGGGCGGAAAGCUGGAGGCUUGUACAUAAAUCCAAAAAAAUUUGGUGCUGUUGGGAAACCUUGCAUGAAGGAGAUGGUUGCAUUCCUCAGUUGCGUAUCUCUUAACAAAAACAAUGACGACAAUUGUGCCCGACAGAAAGAACUAUUAGCUGCUUGUGUGGAAUCUCAGAGCGGCAAGCCUAAGAACCCAGCAAGGACCAUAAAUUAUCAUUUGCAGAGGCUCGGCAAAAGCAAGUUCUUCUAACCGCUGUCU